AUGAAUACGACACAGCAAAGUGUCCUGGGCGAUUCUUUGUAUAAUUCACUGGCCUUUGGAAAGCUACUGGUCGAUGACUUGUACAGCAACAUCAAUCAGACAGAUAACAGCACAGUCUACAUUACGCCCAGAUACAACACAACAGGAAAGACAGAAUUAAAAAUUGGCGUGUUGCUUCCGUUCACUCAAAAGAACGAUAAUCUAACAGCUCAAAUUGUGUGGGGCGGAUCUUCGGCAAUUCGAAUGGCCGUCAAUGAUAUCAACAGUAGACAAGUGAUUCCUGGUGCCUACAUUACACUGAUCGAAAAGGACUCAUUUCCUGACGCAUCACUUGAUCAAAUGUCUGUAACAAAUGCAGUCUAUGCAUCAGUAACGCUGCUUCAGCAAGGUGUCAUUGGCGUCAUUGGCGAUAUCUCCAGCUCUUGGACAUCACUGAGUGCUCUCAUGACGUCCACUCUAGAAAUCCCUCAGUGCUCGUUCACAGCGAACGCAGUAGCUUUCUCUGACAAGACGCAGUACAAGUACUUUUUCAGGACCAUACCCACCCAAGUCAUUAUCGCCGAUGUUAUGCUGGCUUUUGCAUCAAAGCAAGGUUGGAACAAACUCGGUGUGCUGUACACAGACGAUCCCCUGGGCCAGCAAUUCUACCAACGAGCGCUGAUUCAGGCAGGCACAAUGGACCUUCAUAUUCUGCAGUACCAGGCCAUUGCAGCAGGAAAUGCACCAGACGACAUUAGCAAUGCACUGAAAAACAUCACAAAUGGUGGCGCGCGCAUCAUCAUGGUCGCAGCAACUGCAUCUCCACAGAGCCAAAUCAUGUUGCAAGCACAUGCAUUGGGUCUCAUUAGCAAAGACUAUGUUUGGCUGAUGAUGGGUGAUACCACCAAAGAAUUGCAGACGGGUGUGGAUAGUUACAAUCGAAACCACACGAUGAAACAAAUUGACUUUGCAACCGAGUAUCAAGGCCUAUUUUUGUUUGAUAAUUGGUUGUCGUUGAACGGCUAUCCUCCUUUUGAUAACUUUUUGGAUCAAUGGGCGUUACUGAACCCAGACGCCUAUCCAUAUGCUGGCCAUAGAAACAUAUCGUCCUAUGAAGGUUUAGCAUAUUCAUGCAUGAUGAUUAUGGCCGAAGGCUUUGGAAAACUCAUCAACAAUAGCAAAAACAAAACAGACGAGCUCUACAAGCUGUCGACUGGUGAACUGGGUGACGAAAUGUUACCCAGCGCAUUCAACAUUGGCUACGUGGGUCCAGAAGGGCCAAUGGUCUAUGAUUCCAAUGGAGACCUCACGACAGGGAAUUACUUGGUUUAUAACUUGCAACAUGGCAUCAAAAAUGUGGUUGGUAAAAGCACUGGAGGUGUUCUUAAUAUUACUGCAUCGCCCAUGUUCUUUGAUGGCACAAAUCAGCCCCCUCUUGACUCACCGCCAAGCGCGCCUCUGAAUCCAGACAUUAGCUCUCCUAUUUCACAUGCCAUCUUGGCUCUGUCCUCUGCUGGUAUCCUCUUUUCGCUCGUUUGCUUCUUCAUCGUCCUGUUCAAUCGAAAGCAUGAAGUGUUCAAGGCCUCUAGCCCCCUUUUUUGCUGCUUGGAAUUAGUUGGAUUUAUCUUAACCUAUAUUUCUGUGGUUAUGAUGAUCGGCAUUCCCUCACAAGCCUCUUGUAUUGUCACACCUGUAACAUUUAGCUUAGGCUUUCUGCUCGUUUUAGGAAAUAUGAUUGCCAAAAACUAUCGCAUCUAUCGCAUCUUUAACAACAUAUUCAUUACAAGAAAUGUCAUUACAGACAACCAUCUGAUUCAAACGGUAGUUGGCCUGGUGGGCAUUGAAAUGGUGAUUUUGGUGGUUGGAUUGAUUGUAGCAAAACCAGUGCCAACAAAGUUUGAAGUGUCCUUUUCGAGCCAUUACUGGACAUGCGAACCACAGGGAAGCAACAAGAUCAUAUUCCUCGUGUUAUCCACCAUUUAUGCAGCCUGCUUAUUGCUGUUUGCUACAUUUCUGGCGUACAAGACUCGAUUUGCUGGUAGGCAAUACAAUCGAUACAGUGAAUGUAAACAAAUGGGCCUCUCUGUAUAUAAUAUUCUAUUUUCUGCCCUCGUAGGAUUUGCUGUCAUUGUCAAUCCCCUGGCUGAUUUCUACACAAAAUACUAUAUUGAAGUCAUUUCCAUAUUAUGGGCUACCAGCUUCUCGUUGCUCAUUCUAUUUCUGCCUAAAUUACAAGCGUUCUAUCGAUUCAAGAUGAAGGAGAGGAAAGAAGAGCUAGACAAGAUGCAGCAAGAAAAAUCCAGCAACAGUGCCACUUCACAGCAACACCGCAAAAGCAUAUUUUCGUUUUUGAAAGCAUCCAAUAUCACCAACUCAAAUUACUAUGACAACCAUCAUGCUGAGUCACAUCACCACCAUCAGACAGGUGGCAUCAGUGAGCUACUGAGCUUGGAACAAAUCUUGGCUUCUGAUGGUCCCGUGUUAGAUGAAGAUGAUAACAGUUUGCGUAGACGCAAACCAAGUGCCAUCAGCACCACAACCACAACAGACAAUGGCGGAAGCAGCAACUUUAUCGAGGUCCAUGAAGGUGAGAUGCCCAUCAGAAAAGUGUUUCGCUAUUUUCCCUUCUUGUCUCAAUGGGAAAUGCAUCAUAUUAUGGUAUUUCCUUGGCUGGGCUAUUUCUCUCAUUUCUCUAAAUACGCCAAGAAAGGCACCGUCAUGUCCUAUCAUCAAGCAUCCGUUUACUCUGCCAAAUUAGAGGAUUAUGUCCUCAAGAUCCAUGGUCAAGGAUGGUCUGACAUGUACAUUCAGUUGCCCAACCUCAAUGCAUUAAACACAUGGGAACAAUGCUUCAACCAAAAGAAGCCAGACUAUCUCGACUUUAGACGUAAACCCACACAUGACACCCUUAGCAAAAGAGGCUUGCCUGCAUCCAAAGAGCAAGAGGAGGAAGACCAAGAAGUGCUGCAAUCACUGGAUAUUAUUCGACACCCGCAUGAUAACACAACAACUACCACAAUGAUGGAAUCAAGCAUGUCACAGGAUUUAUUGCUGAGAAGAAUGAGUGAUCCAUCAGAGGAAGAUGUGAGCAAUCCAAACACUGUGACCCAUGUGGCAGCAACAAGCAAAGACAUUCGUACAUAA